CAGAAGCGGAGCAGGCAGCAGGAGCCCCCAAGCCAAACGCAACACGUAACAGAGCCGGAGCAGGAGGAGGAGGAGCAGGGGAGCGUGAGCGGGCGCCAUAGGCUUUCAGUGCUGUAUAUACACGCGCAGGAAGUCAACGAAAAAAUAGAAUUAAAUUAAAAACGCCCGUCGCGCUGCCAAAAUCUCCUGUCACAUCCGUGGAACAUGCAGAGAGCUCGCCAUUGGACGUCGUGGUAGAAGUACUCCCGAUACAAUGCUCAUCCGCCUGCGCUAUGGAAGACGACUGCAGACCUAUCUAAAGAUAGGUGCCUGUGUCCUUGUGGGUCUCUGCUACUUUGCCUUCCUCUUCCGCGAAUCCCUCAAUGCCUACGAGCAUCGGGAACGGGCCACAGCUGCCGAAUUGGAGGCGGAAUCGGAGCCCUCGAAGCAACAGCUGAAGCUCAAGCGUCAGCAAUUGCAGCGUCAGCGAUUGCUGAUCAAGCAGCAGGGCAAGGGGACCGCCGGCAAUGCCAGUUCCAGCGGCAACUCAUCACCUUCGGUGGCAGUGCCUCCUCCACCGCUGCCGGUGAGCACUCUGAAUCCCGUCUACGAGUACUCCGAGGAGCUGCACAGUCGCACUGAGAAGGAAUUGCAGCGGAGGAGCGAACACCUGGCCGCCGUCUGCGAUCGCUAUAAGCUGCAGGAAAAGUACCCACCGAAUCCCUGGGAAUUCUUCGUCUCGCCGGGCCACAACAAUCUUGUUUGGUGUAAUGUCUUCAAGGCAGCCAGCAGUACAUGGAUGUAUUACUUUAAUAUACUUGCUGGCUACGAUGUGAAGUAUCUGCAGCGAACGGAGACACAGCCGCUGGAACUGGCCCGCAAGCGUUUUCCUCGCCCGGAACUCGCUGAGCUAAUGGAGCUGCUGCCCAGUGCAUUGUCCUUCCUAUUUGUGCGCGAUCCCUUCGAGCGGAUCCUGAGCGCCUAUCGUAACAAACUGGAGGGCAACAAGAACACCUUCUACAAGGCAUUGGGUACCAAGAUCGUGCAUCGCUAUAGAAAACGGGAACUGGGCGGACCAUGGCCCAGAUGUGGACCCACCUUUGAAGAGUUCGUGCGCUUCCUGAUCGCUGAGCAUGCGGCGGGCAAGAAAUUCGACGAGCACUGGGCGCCAGUCUAUAGCUUCUGUACGCCCUGCAGUGUUAACUUCACCAUCAUUGGCAAGACGGAGACAUUCCAGCGCGAUUCGGAGUUUAUUAUCCGCCAGGCAGGAUUGGAAUCCCUUCUCCUGGGGCUGGGAAAGUUGCCUCAGCGAAAGCAGCGCAAGAUCGGCAACCAGGCGCGUAGUGGCGUUAAAUCAGAGGUCCUGGUCGAGCGCUAUUUCGCCGAUCUCGAUCGCUCAACGUUGGACCAAUUGCUCAAGAUAUAUCGCAUCGACUUCGAGCUGUUUGACUAUGAUUACCGCAAAUACUAUGAUAUGGUGCAUCCCUGGAGUCAGGAGCAGACCACGGUGGCAGCUGUCCAGGCAUCCACCACAGCUUCUACGAUGUCCUCGGCCGCGGUCUCUGCCUCCGCGGGAAAUGUGGGGGAUGCCAAUCAGGUGACGUAGAGUUGGAGUCUAAAAGUCAAGCCAGCUCGGGAGUGAUGAGUCGUGAAACAAUCUUAUCAUGUACCUUUUUACACAAAAACUCAAACCAUACACACGAUACAAACACAAACCAGAGUUGUGGGUAAUGGAUAGGGAUUUAAUUGAUAAUUAUUUGGUUUAAUAAGUUGUAAAGUCAUAGAUUCCCUUUUCUUUAGUCUUUUGUUAUUAUUCUUAUAUAAAUGAAAGUUUAACUGUAGAGUACUUUAACUCUAUGAAAAGUGAGCAUUAUGACACUCACCCUUAGCCCCUUCAAUUACUUCCUUAAAUAUAAUAAAAUUGUUUAGUUAACAUUAUAAACACAACUCUGGCUCACAGACACUCACACUAUAAACAAACCCAACCGAAGCUAACAAAUCUACCAAGAAGUUUAAGGCCAAAUCAACGUUUUCCAAAAACGCAAAACCAAAAAGCAAAAAAACACUCUUGACCUCUCUUAGAUAAUGCCAAAAAAACUAAAACUUAAAAACAAAGAAAGUGAAGAAGGAGAACCCAAGGAAACUUAGUUAGAACAUUUAGCAUUUUGAUGGAUUUUUUCAGCCACCAAAAUUUGGAAGAUAAAACCCCCCUCAGAAAUUUUACAUGGCGUGGCGACAUGUGUGUUGUGUUUGUAGUUAGUUAAUAAGUACCUACAAUUUACAGUUGCACACUCUCAAACCGAACGAAAACGUAAACGAACACAGAAAACUUAACGAAAAUGCAAACGAUAUAUACUUAACAUAGAUAUAUAUAUAUAUAUAUAUACAGACCUCUACACCAAAAUAUCGCAAAUGCUAUUUCUUCAAGGCAAGGCUGGGGAGUUAUAUACAACCAAAAAAAAAA